AUGUCACCUGCCCAUCUCAUGGUCCAUGCAGGAGAGCCUGUCAUGUUGGUCACGGCCAGACAAGCACUUAGAAAGUUUCUUCCAAUUUUUGGCCGAGUAUUGGUCGAAAGGAGUGCAUGUGAAACUGUAACCAAAGGAGGCAUUAUGCUUCCAGAAAAAUCUCAAGGAAAAGUAUUGCAAGCGACAGUAGUAGCUGUGGGAUCAGGCUCUAAAGGAAAGGGUGGGGAGAUUCUGCCAGUUAGUGUGAAAGUUGGAGAUAAAGUUCUCCCAGAGAAUGGAGGCACCAAAGUAGUUCUAGAUGACAAGGAUUAUUUCUUAUUUAGAGAUGGUGACAUUCUUGGAAAGUAUGCAGACUGAAACAAAUCGCUGUUGAAAUGGCGUCCUAUGAAGCUGCUCAUUCCACUGAAGUGCUGAAACCUUUCAUCAUGUAAAUAAUUUCCUCGUCUCUUAUAAUAAACUGAUGAUAAUCUAAUAACAUCCACUGUCUCAAAAAAUUAGUUUCCCUGUACUUAUGUAAACAUUUCCAAAUAAAAUAUGUAAUGAUUUAAAAAAAAAAAAAAAAAAGGGCUGGGGAUAUGGCUCAGUGGUUAAGUGCCCCUGGGUUCAAUCCCUGGUACCCCCCCCAAAAAAAAAAUUGAAAACAUUACAAUGCCAUAGGGGCUUCAAAGAAAAUAUCUACAAGGAUGAACUAAAGGUACCAACUUCGACAGUAUUAGAAAAUGUAAUCACUGCUAGAUUGAAAAUAAAAAUCUAAAUCAGCAAGGGCAGCUGCCUCUUGUCUGUGUCAGUUGAUUGGGAAGGAAAUGUGGGACCAAAGCAGAUUUUAAAAGGAGAAAGUGUGGUAGGAAGGCAUUAGGGGAAUUAACACCAGGGAUCAAUGUUAUCAAAUUCCACCCCUGGGAGCAGAGUCUGGGAGCACAGCAUUUAAAGGGCUUCUCCAAAGGGAGAAGCAUGGGGCAAGGAGAAGUUACAGGGGCCUCGCUGUUAAAUUCUCCGGGAAGAGCCCACUGCUGCCAGUCACAUGCAGACCACACAAAGAACAUUUUAAUGAAAUUCAGAAGGGGAGAAAAAGGCCAAUGAGGUCAUUGACUGAAGAGUAAAUAAAAUGCCUCAGCUCUGACUUGUUUCUCUGUUCUCUGACCAAUGAUGUAGGCUGGGGACACUAGAAGCCAGCAGUCAGUGCACUUCAACACAACCAUCCCUCCCUGGACCCUGGAAGGCAGGGGCCCAGGACAAGCCCCACCUUGAUUCUCUCUGGCAUCCCUCUAAAGGGAAGGGAGAUCCUCAAGCACACAGGAACCUUGAGGCCACAUGGAACUGGCUUGGACACACCCUCUGGCCACCCUUUGUUGCUUACCUCGCUGACAUUGACAUGCUAACCCAGGUUUGCAUGCCUGUGCAAGCACCUGCUAUUUUCAUUUAAGAACAGGCUGUCAUCAUAGAAUGCCCCAUCUGAGAUGAAAGCAAAAUAUCUCUGCUGGCAAAGGAGCUCCAAAAGGAAAGCAGAUACACCCCUGAGAUACCACCGCAGGGCAUCUCAGGGACAGCCGGGGUUUGGGUAGCAUCCCUGUGAGGCUUCCUUGCUGCUGAACUAUGAUGAGACCCGGUCUUUGUACAAAUGCCAGGGACUAGCUUGAUUUUAAAAGGAGAAAGAUCUCUACUAGGAUGCUCAGAAAGCCUGGGGUCCAAGAGAGAUGUUCCGCUCUUGACCCUGCUGCUCAGUGGUUCGCUGAUUUCAGGCAGGACCCUCCCUGCCUUGGGCCUCUGCCUGAUGACAGGCCCUGCCUCUUAGUGGCUUGCUAGUUCACUCCUUUCCUUCUUGUGUGUCUUGUUUGCUUUGAGUUUUCUUUUUCCUUGGAGAGAGCAGGGGUAUGUUUCUGUUUCUGGAGGCCCUGUCAGGCCCCUGAAAGAGCCCCACUGCUCUGGUCUUCAGUGCCAAUGAACAGCACAGCAGCAGCCUCCAUUCAACAUCCUAUCUCCGUCCUACCUCAAGCAGCAACCACACACAACAGAAAUCAGAUGGUGUGAUCUCCCAAGUGGAAUGUCUCCUGCAAAAGGCCCUGAGUCUACAUAGUGUUAACUGCUGCUGCUGCUACCACCUAUGGACCCCAGACCUUUCCAGGCUUGCCCCUCUGCACCUCAGCCCAAGGACCCUUUGCCAGGACUUCUUGGCCAGGGUGAAUUCACAGCAUGAGCCUACCAGACCUAACUCCAGUGUUGAAACAAACCAGACAUUGGAGGAAAAGCUCAGGACCACAACCCCUCAGGCUGGAGCAGGAAGGCAAAGCUUUACCCAGGAUGGAGGCCAAGACCUCCCCAGCUCUGCCAUGGCAGCCCUGCCUCUGAGAUUGGCCAGUUGAAGGGUGUCCCUGUGAUCCAGGAUUCAGGUAGUGUUCCUUGUAUACCAGGGAAUUUCUAAGAUGCAGCAUUCUCUUGACAGGUACAAGAGGGUUUUUUGUUGUUUUGGUGUUUUAGCUUGUUUGGGUAUUUUUUGUCGUUUUGGUGCUGGGGAUGGAACCCAGGGCCUCAUGUAUGCUAGGCAAGCAGUCUACCACUGAGCCACAUCCUAGCCCAAGCAAGAGGUUUUUUAAUACUUUAUAAUUACUCUGAUAAGCAGGGGAGGGGAAUCAUUAGAACUAGAAAGCAUUUCAUGCAGGCAUACCAGAUGGCAAGCAUGGAGCCUGCAUAGAGACUCUGAGAAUUCCAGAACAUUGCCAUCCACAAAAAAAUCUUUCAUUUUACCUCUUUCAUUGAUGCAUCGAUUUGUUUACUUAGCAUAACAAGCAGACCUCAGGCUGCCUAUUCAACUAAGGAGGUCCCCAGCAUACCUUUGAUGUAUUUAAAAUCUUUUGACUUUUCAGUGGUGCAAAAGUGAUGCGCAUUCAAUAGAAACCAUACUUUGAAUUGUGAGUUUUGAUGUUUUCUCUGGAAAACAUGCAAUAUGAUCCUCUCACAAUGAUGCUGAACAGCAGUAGCAGCUGUUUUGAGAUCACAAAAGGAAACAACCAACACUCCAGUGUGCUGUGUUGUAAGCUAGGAUGUUCGUAGGUUAAAUGGAUUAAAUACAAUUUUGAAGUCAGGCAUUGUGGCAGCAUGCCUGUAAUCCCAAAGAUGCAGGAGGCUGAGGCAGAAGGACUGCAAGUUCAAAGCUAGCCUGGGCAACUUAGCAACUCUGUCUCAAAAUUAAAGAAUAAAGAGGGCCCAGAAUAUAGCUCAGAAGUAAAGCACCUCUGGGUUCAUUCCUCAGUACUUAAAAAUAAUAAUAAUGAUAUACUUU